AUGGCGUCCUUGGAUGAUCCAUCCUAUAGGCAGUACACCCAGCUUGACGGUCUCGAGGAGUCGCUCCAUGAGGUGCAUGAGCUGCUUCGUGUAGAGAUGGGCAAAGUCUCGGCACAGAAUGUUCUUCUAGGAGGCCUCAGUCAAGGCAUGGCAAUGUCCGCGAUUUGCUUGCUUUAUCUCGAAUUUCCCUUGGGAGGGUUCAUCGGCAUGAGUGGACGGUUACCUUAUAGCAAAGACCUGCAUGACGUCUUGAGUGAUGACGCUGAAAAUAAUCCGUUUGGCGACGAGGACGCUUCCGAUGUCCCUGAUGGUAGAAAAUCGGAAGACCAAGAACCAAUCCACAAAGCGGUGGAUUUCAUUCGGGAUCUGCUUGGAGGCGAGCGCCAGGCUCUUUCGAGCAAUGCGCUUGCAACGCCCGUUUUUCUUGGGCAUGGUAUGGCAGAUGAGAAGAUUGCCCCCGGGUUGGGAGAGAACGCAUGUAGUACCCUGCGGGAGAUUGGAUUCAAGGUCUUGUGGAAGGCUUAUCAGGGUCAGGGGCAUUGGUAUAAAAUUCCUGAAGAGAUAGAUGACAUUUUGGCUUUCAUUAGUACCGACAUGAAGUGGCCAGUAGGGAACAAAUGA